AUGUCAUUAUCUGAGAUGAUGGAACAAAUUUUGCCUGUGUUGGACCUAAAUAUUUCAUUCUCGGAUCUAUCUCCAACAGAGCAGAUGCAGUUUCUUACAAUACUGGAAGAACGUAUACAGACCAAAUCUGUUGACAAUCAUGGGUUUCUCGAGGAUAUCGUCGAAUAUCGAAUCCAGGGUUAUCUAAACCUGUAUGUUCCACCAGUACUUGUCCUAGUAGGAUUGUUUGGCAACCUGUUGUCACUGUGUGUUCUUUUAAACAAGUCCAUGAUACGACAUACAACAAACGUGUUCCUAGCUGCCCUAGCUUUCGCUGAUUCCUCUGUAUUGACAGCCGGCUUGAUACGACAAUGGCUAGGGGAGCUAACUGGUGUGAACAUCCUGCUUGAAUCAAGCUACUUGUGUAAGAUAGUGUCUUUAGUGACGUACGGUAGCAGCAAUUUUUCCGUUUGGCUUAUUAUAGCCGUAACAAUAAUACGGUAUAUUGCCGUCAGCAGACCGUAUAAGGCAUCCAGAUAUUGUAACCGAAAAAGAGCAACGCGUGUGAUAUUAUCGCUGGCUGUGAUAGUGAUAAUUGUUAACCUACAUUUUAUAUGGACAGUCCAGCUUCAGGAGCAUGCGUAUGGCGAUAGAAAAAUCACCAAAUGCGACGCUUCAGACAGCUCUGAGUAUUUCAUGUACACUAUCUGGCCUUGGUUAGACGCCGUCCUGUCCGUACUAGCACCGUUCGCACUACUUGCAUGUUUCAAUACAAUGAUCGUUGUACAUACUUUACGCGCAACGAAUUGGCGACGUCUAUCUCAACCGGACUUGCAGAUGAAACGGCAUUCUCAACCGGACUUGCAGAAGAAACGACAUUCGCAACCGGACUUGCAAAGGAAACGACAUUCCCAGCCGGACUUGCAGAAGAAACGGCAUUCCCAACCGGACAUUCAGAAGAAACGACAUUCUCAACCGGACUUGCAGAAGAAACGGCAUUCUCAACCGGACUUGCAGAAGAAACGGCAUUCUCAACCGGACUUGCAGAGGAAACGGAAAAAAUCAAGCCGUAAUGAUAUAAAAGUGACCGUGACACUAUUGUCUGUCUCCUGCUCCUUUCUGGUGACCACAUUACCGAUGGCCGUCGUUAUGGUGUUACAAAAUCAGUGGGCGAAAGAUGUAAAUGAUCCCACUGUUACCAUACAAACAGUUUCUCAGAGAAAGUUGAUCCGGACUAUCGCUGAGCUACUCAUGUACCUUAAUCAUUCAAUUAACUUCUUUCUAUACUGCGCUGUAGGACAAAAGUUCCGUGAUCAGAUAUUUAGACAAUUUUGUAAGAGAUCUGGCACGAACGUUUCAAGCUCAACAAAUCAUAGCAAACACUUGUACUGCUCCAAAACAGACAGUAAACAUAUUCGUUAUGGAAAGGAAAAAUCUGAUUCUAUAGCGUUGUAA